AUGGCUUCGUCACCGCUCCACAGGCCUCUCGGGGCUUCGUCACCACUGCUUGAAGGAGGCAGACGGCGUUCUCAGUUCACGUAUCGCCAAUUCUCACAACUUGCCUCGUCCAACACUUCUAACCCGCUGCGCGUCAUUGCUCACAUUGACCUCGACGCCUUCUAUGCGCAGUGCGAGACGGUUAGACUUGGUAUUUCAGAGGACAAGCCGUUAGCCGUUCAACAAUGGCAAGGUCUCAUUGCAGUCAACUAUCCUGCACGCGAAUUUGGUAUUGGACGCCAUUGCAAUGUCGAAGAAGCAAAAAAGUUGUGCCCCGAACUCAUUGCCCAGCACGUAGCUACAUGGAGAGAAGGCGACGACAAGUGGGCAUACCGCGAGGAUGCUGCCGCCCACAUCGCAACAGAUAAGGUUUCACUCGAUCACUACCGUCUUCAGUCUCGGAAGAUCUUAUCAUGUAUCAAAGAGGCUCUGCCGCUUGAUCUCCAGAAGGUGGAAAAAGCAAGUAUCGAUGAGGUCUUCCUUGAUCUUUCGAGCCAAAUCCACUUGAUCCUUCUGGAGCGCUUUCCAGAAUUAUCAAACCCACCCCCCUAUGACGACCCUACUGAGAACCUUCCAUUGCCAUCCAUUGCCGCGCUCGACUGGCAGACCGAUGCUUUGAUCGAUCUGGAUGAGGAACAGGAAACGGCCGACCCAGAUUGGGACGAUGUGGCAAUCCUCAUCGGAUCUGAGAUCGUUCGCAAUGUCAGGGCUGAAGUUCGACAGAAGUUGGGAUACACAUGCUCAGCUGGAGUAGCUAGCAACAAGCUUCUCAGUAAGUUGGGCUCGGCAUACAAGAAACCAAACAAACAGACUGUUGUACGUAACCGAGCUGUGUCUGCUUUCAUGGCUGGCUUUCAAAUCACAAAGCUUCGAAACUUGGGUGGCAAACUCGGAGAGCAGAUCGUAUCGGCAUUCAACACAGAGAGUGUCACUGAACUGUUAGGCGUCCCCUUGACAACUAUGAAAGCAAAGCUUGGCCAUGAUAUAGGUCUUUGGAUAUAUAAUACUAUCCGAGGCAUUGACACAAGCGAGGUCAACUCAAGAACACGGAUCAAGUCGAUGCUAUCGGCCAAAUCUUUUCGUCCAACUAUCAGCUCUUCAGAACAAGCAACGCGAUGGCUGAGAAUCUUCGCAGCCGACAUAUUCGCUCGCCUUGUUGAGGAGGGAGUUUCGGAAAACAAGAGACGACCGAGGACGAUGAACUUACAUCAUCGCCAUGAGGGACAAGUACGAUCUCGGCAAGCGCCCAUCCCCCAAGGCAGAAUCAUAGACGAAGGCAGUCUCUUCGAACUGGCUAAAGAUCUCCUUUCGCAGAUAAUCGCAGAAGGGAGAGGAGUCUGGCCUUGCGCAAACUUGAGUCUCAGCGUAGCAGGCUUUGAAGAUGGCGUCAAAGGCAACAUGGGCAUUGGCGCAUUUCUUGUCAAGGGGGAAGAGGCAGAAGCUCUUCGAUCGUCGAUUCCCGAUAACCGUCAAUCUUCUACUGGACCGGAACCCUCCGCGAAGAAACGCCGCGUCGAGGAUGGUGGCAUUCAGCGGUUCUUCUCCAAGCGACCCUCCAUUGAUCACGAAAGAAGCCUCCUAACCGACUCACAUACUCACGGGGAAGACUCCAAAACUUACUCUAUGCUAUCAGAUCCCACCCAAAAGACCCCCAGUUUCGCUACUAAGUAUGAUUAUGAGGCCCGCCAUGAAUCCGACCUUGCCAUGCAUCAGUCUUACGCAUCACCAUCGCAUGAGAGCGCCUUCGAUGUGCAGGUGGAUCAAAAUCAGCAUUCAUUGAUCGAUGUUGUAUGCUCUCGCUGCAAAGCCAGUUUCGCGGACCCGGAAGCGCUGCAAAACCAUAUGGAUUGGCAUAUGGCCAAAGAUCUGCAGGACGCAGAACGUGUCAAGCCGACAUUCGCUGAACGACAACCUACUGCACGUAACUCUGCGCAAAAGACGCAAGGAACCGCUUCAAGAAGGAACCGGGGAGGCAAACUCGAGCAAGGGAGCGAUCACUGUGUGCCGUGGCUGUGCGAUAAUCCACUUUUCGGAACCUGCAGAUUCCUGGUCACACAAGUCUGUCAAAACAACCGAAGCGGCUUGACAGAGACCAUCAAAGAUAAUGACAAAAUGUUGCAAUUCACGGUCAGCGACAACGACUGGGACAUGACAUGGAGAAACAAGGAGCCACAGGAAGGGUUUAGCCCAGCCUCUCACGGUGCCCAAGUGUCGUCAGUCACCGCCAAAGUCCAAGCCCAACCUCGAGACCAGGACCCAGGCGCUGUAGAGCAAGCUCUGCAAACCCAGAACGUGCCAACCGCAUCUGGCUUCGGUAACGUCCAAUGGCCCACCAAAAUAGGUCGCCACUGGACGCAGGGUUGUUGGCAGCACGGAACAGGCAAGGACCAGGCUAGCCAGGAUCAGGAUCAGUAUCAGGGCACCCACGCACAAGGCCAGCGCCAGUUGCAGAUCCCGCAGCUUGGUGUUGGGCUCGGUCAAGGAGGGAGACAAGCGUCCGGCACGGAUAGUCCCAGGGAAGAAUCAGUCAUCACGUUGACAGCCCAGCCUGAAGAGGGAAAUUCCUCGUCAAUAGACGAGAUAUUAGCAGAGUCUCCGUCUUGUCUCGAACGGCCGGGAGACCCCAGCUUAUACUAUCUUGGCUUACUGCAAAAUCAGAACCAGCUCCACCACAAAAAUCACAACGCCCAACAGUAUCAGGGUUUUGUGGGCGACGACCCAUCAAUAUCAAGUCAUCAGCAACCUCAACCUUCCGGGUUUGGUUAUCAGCAUCAGCAUAACCAACCUCCUGCAUGCUCAUCGCCACCAUUCUCAUUCUCUUUCCCCCCUCCAGCACCUCCAUCAUCAGCACCAGCAACAUCUGUCUUUGGACUGGCCCCUCCUCCUCCUCUGCCUUCUCCUGCAUCUCCACCAAGGCCAACGCCGAGGCGACGCUUCCAGCCAACUGCGUCUCGCCGUCAGCAAAAUCUGUCCCACUGCCGGUCAAAUUCCAAUCUGAGCUCGAGCUCCAGUGUCAGCACUGGUGCCAGCAGACGUCUUCUGGCCUCUCGGUCUCCUGCAAGUCACUCUGCCAGUGGGAAAUCCCCUCGUCAGCGCCUAGCAUCAGCACCACCAUUACCACAGCCAAUAGACAGUGCAGACCCACAGGAUACGCCCACCGCCCACCACCGCCAUUCGCCUUUUCUUCCUCCUCAUCCUCACCUGCCCGCUUCUUCUCUUUCUGCCUGUUCUACCCUCUCAGCUCUCUCCACGUCGUCUCCCUCCUCCCCCAUUUCCGGCUCUAUCUCCUCUUCUCCCGCUCUUCUGUCGACCUUCUCUUCCAUCUCUUCUUCUUCCUCAUCUCAUCUUACCUCUUCGUCGGCCAUAUCCUCCCCACACAUCAACAUGUCGAGAUCAUCCCGAAACGCUGCCCCUACCACUUCUGGUACAGGACGACAAAACGAAUACUUCGUCCCUCGCGAUGGCAUCGACCGUGAAGUCAUCUCCGCCGACAUCUGCCGCUAUCUAGGCAACGAUGCUCUCGUGCGUCCCGGUCAUUACGAGAACCCUCAGACAGGCCAAGCCGUGCAAGGCUACUACAUCACCGCUUACAGGAAUCUUACAACUGCUAUGAUUGAGGAUCUGAAAGCAGACUCUGCUCGAUGGGAUAGUGAAAGGCGUGCGCAGACGUCGCGCAAUACCUCUGGAGGUACUAUUGCCUCGAGAAACGUUGGCGUACCGCCGAGACACUCAUCUAACUCACCUGUAGUGCAAUACCGCUACUCGGAGACGCACCAGUCGCGUCAGCACCACGGUCCCACCGAGGGCCCUUAUCAGACCGACCCAUACGCUCGUGACCCUGCCUUUGAUGGUCCCAGAUAUCCAGGAACGGGUGCUCCCGGUUACACUGGAGCCGCUGGCUCAUACGGCCAGUCUUACGGUGCCUCAAGUAGUGGUGCGUUUGCCGGUUAUGCCCAAGCCCAGCAAUCUCCUCCCCCGGCGGAUACUAGGUUCAGCUCUACUACCGCGGCCACCAUGGAUCCAUCCUACCAGGCUUCCCAGAGCCCUUACGUGGCCGUUGGAACAAACCAGCGCUCCAGAGGCGCAUACGACCCUUACGCUAACCAGAUGGCGUCAUCAGCUGCUGCUGCUGCUCAGCAGGCCUAUGCCACUGCUGCUCCCACGCAACAAGGCUAUACGGCCACUGCUUACCCAUAUUCAGGUCAGGCUCCUCCUGCGGGCUACGCGAUGCAGCCCCAGGAUCCCUUUUACGGUCGUGUGGUACCUCCAGCAGCCGACGUAGUGAACGAGAGAGCGACAGGCACAGCACAGACCGACACCACCGAUCAAGCCGCCGGUAAAAGACCAUGCUGCAUACGUUUUAUACUGGGACACGGCGCUGAGUUGGGAAAAGGAAAGGGAGCCAUCCCUUACCACGUGGAUCUGGGGUGGUAUCUCGAUAUCAUGACCUUGCUGUCCGGACGCGCCCUCAGGGGGAGUAUUCUGUUUUUCGUUCUUCCUGGAUCUGGCUGGUUCUUGCUCUCGACCCCAAUGUCUUUAGCUCCCGGAUUCUUCGGUGUUUACCAUCGUCGAGACGCGGUGUUCAUCGGAAUAAUAAUUGGCAGAGGCCGGCAUCCGGACAGCAAGGAAUGGACCCACUCCAUGAGGAUGUUUGCUUUUGCCUGGAUCUCUUCCUACUCAAGCAAUGUUUUGCUUUGGAUCCCAUGA